UUCAGGCUGUUUUAAAAAACUGAAAUUUUCAUUGACUUAAACUAUUCAAGUAUUUUCGGCUCAUUGAAUCUAUAUCUACUCAUAAAAUGUCGCAAGAUAUUUUAGAAUUAUUAACUAAUAAACAAAUGACAAAAAUAUGUGCGCCAAUGGUGCGGUAUAGCAAGCUUCCAUUCCGAACAUUAGUGAGAAAAUAUGAUUGUGAUAUUUGCUUUACUCCAAUGAUACUUGCUGAUUCAUUUGUUCAAUCAUCAAAAGCUAGAGAUAGUGAGUUUUCUACAAGUUCUAGUGAUACCCCUCUAAUAGUUCAAUUUGCAGCUAAAAAAACAACUGAUUUUACUUCAGCUGCAGAAUUGAUAGCUCCCUACUCCAACGGAGUAGAUUUAAAUUGCGGAUGUCCACAAAGAUGGGCAAUGAAUGAUGGAUAUGGGGCAGAUUUAUUAUCCAAACCUCAAUUAGUCAAAGAUUUAAUCCAGCAAGUUAGAAAUAGGAUACCAAAGCCAUUUACAGUUUCUGUUAAAAUACGUCUAUUAAAAGAUAUGAAGAAAACUAUAGAACUGUGCAGGCAAAUUGAAAAGGCUGGAUCUUCUUUUUUGACAAUACACGCUAGAACACCAGAAAUGAGAAAUGAACCUAUUGACUUGGAAAACUUGAAACUUGCCAUUAGUAGCGUGCAAGUUCCUGUUAUUGCUAAUGGAAAUGUUCGAUCACUUGAAGAUGCCAAAUUAUUAUAUCAUGAAUCCCAAUGUAAUGGUGUAAUGGUUGCUGGAGGUUUAUUAACCAAUCCAGCAUUAUUUUCUGGUUUUAUAAGGACUCCUUUAGAAUGUAUUCAAGAUUGGCUCAAUAUAACAGCAACAUUGUCUACUCCAUUUAUGUGUAUGCAUCAUCAUUUUGUCUUUAUGCUAGAAAAAGUUUUAGAAAAGAAGGAAAGACAAAUUUUUAAUGCAUUAAAAGAUGAAACUAGUGUGCACCAUUUUCUUAAAACACGGUUUGAAAUAGAGCCCAAAAUUCUUAACGAUGAAUUUGAGUUAAUAAAUUGUGAAUAUAAUAUAACGCCAUUAAAAGUGUUAAAAAAAAAAUGCCUUGAUGAAGACAUUAGAUAUGACUUGGAAAAUUUAUUUUUAUGA